AUGGUUCCCUGGUGGAUGUCUGCGCUCCUAUCCCAGCUGGUGAUCCCGGUGCUCUUUUGCCUACCCCAGGCACAGCCGGCUGGUGUCUUUGAGCUGCAGAUUCACUUUUUCGGACCCGGGCCAGGUCCAGGGGUCCCGCAGAACCCUUGCAGCGCCCUUGGUCCCUGCCGCCUCUUCUUCAGGGUGUGUGUGAAGCCGGGGGUGUUGGAGGACGCCGCCGCCGAGGCCCCGUGCGCCCUGGGCGCGGCGCUCAGCGCGCGCGGCCCCGGCUCCCCGGAACAGCCCAGAGCGCCCGCGGCCCAUCUGCCGCUGCCCGACGGGGUCCUGCGGGUGCCCUUCCGGGGCGCCUGGCCGGGCACCUUCUCCCUCAUCAUUGAAACCUGGAAAGAACAGCUGGGAGACCAGGCUGGAGGGCCCGCCUGGAGCCUGCUGACGCGCGUGGCGGGUCGCCGGCGUCUGGCUGCGGGGUCUCCGUGGGCCCGCGAUGUGCAACGCGCCGGUGCCUGGGAGCUGCGCUUCUCCUACCGCGCGCGCUGCGAGCCGCCGGCCGCGGGCGCCGCGUGCACGCGCCUGUGCCGCUCGCGCGGCGCCCCCUCGCGGUGCGGCCCGGGACUGCGGCCCUGCGCGCCCUUCGAAGACCACUGCCAGGAUCCGCCGCCAUGUCGAGCUGGCUGCAGCCCGGAACACGGCUUCUGUGAGCAGCCAGAUGAAUGCCAGUGCCAGGAGGGCUGGACCGGGCCCCUCUGCACCAUCCCUGUCGCCAUCAGCAGCUGCCUCAGCCCGGGAAGCCUACCUUCUGCCAUCUCUGAAUGUCUUGGGCCUGGGCCUGGGCCCUGUGACGGAAACCCCUGUGCCAAUGGGGGCAGUUGUAGCGAGACGCCAGGCUCCUUCGAAUGUGCCUGCCCCCGGGGUUUCUACGGGCCUCGCUGCGAGGUGAGCGGGGUGACAUGCGCGGAUGGGCCCUGCUUCAACGGUGGCUUGUGCGUCGGGGGCGCAGACCCCGACUCUGCCUACGUGUGCCACUGCCCACCGGGUUUCCAGGGCUCCAACUGUGAGAAGAGAGUGGAUCGGUGCAGCCUGCAGCCCUGCCAAAAUGGUGGCCUCUGCUUGGACCUGGGCCACGCUCUGCGCUGCCGCUGCCGCGCAGGCUUCGCGGGUCCGCGCUGCGAGCACGACCUGGCCGACUGCGCGAGCCGCGCCUGCGCCAACGGCGGCACGUGCGUGGAGGGUGGCGGCGGCGCGCGCCGCUGCUCGUGCGCGCUGGGCUUCGGCGGUCGCGACUGCCGGGAACGCGCAGACCCCUGCGCCGCGCGCCCCUGCGCCCACGGCGGCCGCUGCUACGCGCACUUCUCCGGCCUGGUCUGCGCCUGCGCGCCCGGCUACAUGGGCACGCGCUGCGAGUUCCCAGUGCGCCCCGACGGCGCGGACCAGGGCGCAGGCGCAGUACCCGCGAUCCCGCCGGGCCCGAGGCGGGCGGAUCCGCAACGCUUCCUCCUGCCACCCGCUCUAGGGCUGCUGGUGGCCGCGGGCCUGGGCGGCGCCGCACUCUUCGUGGUCCAAGUGAGGCGUCGAGGUUCUGGCCGGGAUGCCGGGUCCCGAUUGCUGGCGGGUACCCCGGAACCGGCAGGCCACAUGCUCCCCGAUGCACUCAACAACCGGAGGACGCAGGAAGGGCCUGGGGAUGGUCCUAGUUCGUCUAUAGAUUGGAAUCGCCCUGAAGAUGGAGACUCUCAGUCGAUUUACAUCAUAUCUGCUCCUUGUGUCUAUGCUCGGGAGGUAGCAGCGCCCCUCAUCCCCCCUGUACAUGUUGGGGUCUCUGGGCAGAGACAGCCUCUUGCUUUUUUUUUUCAAACCCUGGGGCGGGAGAUGCUCUUCUGGCCCCAGGAAGCUGGGGGGCAGCCGGACUUCCAUCCCCGGGUUGCCAUGAACCAGCAGGCGCCAACCCCAGGCCCGACCACACGCAGGUCCUCGGCCCCAGGCCGGGCUGCCACCCUGGUCCGGACCCCGACGCCGACCCAUCCUUCCACCCCGUCCGGACCCCGGCUCCAGCCCAGACUUCGAUCUCGGGCCAGACCGACCAACCGAGCCAAACCGACCUCCCGGGCCAGACCGACCUCCCGGGCCAGACUGUGGCUCCAGGGACCCCUGCCUGGACUCCGACCCCAGCCCUGGGGCGGCCCCCGAUCCCGGUCCGGCCCCCGGCCCCGGUCCGGCCCCCGGCCCCGGGGCGGCUCCCGGCCCCGGGGCGGCUCCCGGCUCAGGUCCGGGCUCCGAUCCCUGUCAGGCCGCGGGCUCCAGUCCGGGUUCCGACCCCGAUCAGGACCCCGGCUCCAGUUCGGACCCAGAUUCCAGUCCAGACUCCCGCCGCGGCCCAGACGCAGAUCCCGGUCUCGCUCGACGCCAAGGACCGGGUAG